CCAAUCAAAAUGUUGGUAAUAAAACGUGGGGCACAUAAUAAAACUCUAUAUAUAGAGGUCUAAAUACACCAAAGAAUUACAACUAUCUUUCUUUUGCCUUUUUGUUUUAAAAAAUAUUUCCUUUUGGUUGUUUCAAUUAUGGGUGAAAGCAUUGUUACAAUUAAAAAUACUGAAAAUAAUUAUAAUUAUAAUUAUAAGUAUGAAGAUGCAACAAAUGCAAGUAGAAUUCUUCCAGUUUUAGUCACUCCUCCACAGCAAAUGGUUUCUAAUUCCUGGGGUUGGUUUUCAUGGUACGAGAAAGGGGAAAUCCAUAAGAGAAUGAUUAGGACUUCUGUUAAAUUUCUUCGUUGGAUUGGCUACGAGGAAAUCUUCUCAACACAGGUAUGGAGAGCAUCCAUUGCAGAACUCUUAAGCACAUCAAUCCUAGUAUUCAUGUUCGACAACAUUAUCAUGUCGUCUAAGAUCCACAAUGACACACCCAAUAUUUUGCUUGCUUGUUUCGUUGCUAUCAUCGUAGCCUUCCUUCGCCUUGCAACACACCCAAUUUCCGGUGGCCACAUGAACCCAACAAUAACCAUCUCCGCGACUUUUAUGGGCCUCAUCUCAUUCUCUCGGGCCAUAAUCUACUUAAUAGCCCAAUGUAUCGGGUCCACUCUUGGUGCUUGGGGCCUUCAAGCGAUGGUUAUGGGGUCCAUAACAAAUUCCACGUACUUAUUAGGUGGGUGCACACUUGAAGUUGUUGCUCCAAGCCCAAAUGGGCAUACUACAAUUGGGAUUGAGACAGCCCAAGGAUUAUGGGCUGAAAUCAUUUACACUUUCAUCUUUCUAUUCUCAGUUUGGAUGGCCUUUGAUCAGAAACGGGCCAAGGAAUUGGGCCAAGUAUUAAUGUGCUCAAUUACGGGUAUUGUGGUUGGGCUUACUAUGUACUUGUCCAUGACUGUUACCAUGAAGAAAGGAUAUACUGGUGCAAUUAUUAACCCAGCAAGGUGUAUUGGGCCUGCAAUAGUAAGAGGAGGCCAUCUUUGGAAUGAUCAUUGGGUGUUUUGGGCCGGGCCUAUAAUUGCUUGUGUUUUGUUUUAUUUUUAUAGUUUGCUUCUUCCAAUAGAGAAUUUCAAAGCAAGGACUACUUAAGAGGGUAAUUAGGCCUAUAGCAUUUAUUUGGAGUUUUUUCCUACCACAUUCUUCCUGCCCUCUCUUUGAAGGAGGUGUGAGUAUAUUUUGCAUGUCACCUAUUCUCAACCCUGCGUCUCAGCUAGAUUUUGAGUAUGAUAUACGCUUAUAACAUUUACUAUAUGAAUAUAUAAAGAUGGAACUUGAAAAGAAAGGGUCAAAUUGUUUUUUUAUCCAAUGUAAGGUAAUGGAAAGUAGAAUUUUAUAGGCGGUGAACAUCAAACUCUUGCUAUAAGUAACAAAUUGUUUCAAUAGUCAUUUUGUGAAGGGAGACCUAAUUUUUUUUACUUCUCUUCACCGUUUAUGUAAAAAAGAUAAAUGAAAUAAAAUAUUCAUAUUGUUUACUUA